GCAUCGCCAUCGACAUCGCAAUUCCAUCCAGGUCGAGCACUUCAGCCCACAGCCCAAUCAGUCCUCCUCAGCAAAGAUGCAUUUCACCGCCUUCCUCCUCCCCUUCCUUGCCGGCGCGGCACUUGCCUCUCCGGUGACCAUCAACCGCCGGGGAGAGGCCGACCACAUCGUGCAGACCGUGGACAUCGACCAAGCCAUCUACAACCGCAUCGACAAGGCAUUCCAGGACGCCGCCGCUGCGCCUGCCCUGGCGGCUCGCGCUUCUGGCGACACCCGCAACGACCUCAACGAGGGCAAGUGUGACGACAUCAUCGUCAUCUUCGCCCGCGGCACUUAUGGUUUGUUCCCAUAUACAUCUGUUCCCUCUCUCCCUUUCUCCGUCCAUGCUGAUGGAUCUCUCUCACCAAACAGGAAGCGGAAACCUCGGAACCGGAGUCGGCCCGGCAUUCGUGGAUGCCGUAUCCGCCGCCGAGCCCGGCCGCGUGAUCGUCCAGGGAGUACUUCCGUACCCUGCGCUCGUGAUCGGCUACCUCGCCGGCGGCUCUGAAGAGGGUGCCGAGAGCAUGGUGGCACUGACGCAGAAGGCGGCGACGCAGUGUCCCAGCGCACAGAUCAUCUGGGGCGGCUACAGCCAGGGCGCACAGGUUACGCACAAGGCGGCCGCAAAGCUGCCCACUGCUCUGUACUCGAAGAUUGCUGGGAUCGUGCUGUUCGGUGAUCCAUACGACGGUGAUGCCUUCCCCGGAACUUUGAACAACAACGUUCGCACGUUCUGCAACGACGACGACCCCAUCUGCGAUGGGCUGCCGCUGCCCAUUGCCGGACACUUGACGUACGAUGAGGAUGCGGGUGCGGCGGGUGCGUGGGUUGCUGCACUGGUGUAGACACCCGGUGUAUAUAUGUAUCAAUGAUAGCAUGCUUGACAUAUAAAAUAAAAUAAAACAAGGAGAUACUAUGUUCGUUGG